UGUUUCCUCAUUGUUUUUGCAAACCGGGCAAAUUGGGUCGAUGUUAAUACCUAUAUUUGCCAAGUAAGAUCGUGUAGGAAGUCUAUUAUGGUAGCACUUCCAAAUGAAAAUUUUGAUCUUGUUUGGGCAAUGUAAGUUCCAGAUCCAGCUGAAAUCUUUGUCUUGUUUUUCCUCUUCGUUUAUGAUUUGACAGCACGAAGAGGUCGAAAACAGGCCAUUUGAGGAUAGGCUUCAGACGUUGUGAAUACUGUGAGAUUUAUCAAUGGGAGGAGUGAUUGCACUAAUGCUAUCAACUAUUUGGGUAGGAAGAUCAAAUGAGAUUUUUGUGAAGUUCCAUUUACCCUGCUUCCUAAUUAGAUUUACUGUAAAAUUAUCCUCAUGCUCCAUUAGUGGCCCCGCGAUUGCAUUUCUAAGGUUCCUUACGUUGGGGAUCCAGUUGGAUUGCCAAACACUUAGGGGGCCUUGUUGUUAAUACAACUUGACUUCAAAGAGCCAUCAGGUUUUAGAUGCUAGCAAAAAGUUCGAUAAAUCAAAAUAACGGAUCAUACAAAAUAGAUUGAGAGAUUAUCCGCGACAACGCUUGGUUGAAUUGCACAAACAUCGACAUCUAAGGCGAUUUAACAAUCCAGAAAGUGUCUGCACUUUAUAGAGGUUGAAGCAUACAAUAUUCGUUAAAGUUGAAGAACUGAAGUUAAAAUACAAGAUUUUCUCUCAUUCAAAAUGCUUGAGAAGAUAGACUUGAUCUUUAAUUAUGGGGGCAGAUGGGUCUUGAAGCCUCAUGUGAUUUACAUUAAAAACCUGAAUCAUGUGUUGCAAGGAUAUGAUGUGGAUAUGCUGUCUUAUAUUGAUAUUUGUGCUGAAUACACUGAAGUCCUUAAGUUAAGAGAGGUGAAACAGAUUUUAGUCACAAGGUCUUCAGGUAGAUACUUGUGGUUGAAGGUGAUGAUGGCAUAGAAAAUUAAUAUCUAUACUAUCUGCCAAGUUCAAUGUGGUUCAGGUAUUUCCUGUACAUGAAGGUGAAGAACAAGUAAUAGCUCCUAACAUUAUUCAGUAUAAUGAACAAAAUAUUGACACAUUAGAGAUUGGUACUGAUUGUGACUCCUCUGAUGAAGAGGGUGCUAGUGAAACUAAUUCUAGUGACAAUGAUAGUGAGCAGUUGGAACUUUUCAGGAAGGAAAUGACUAAAGAAGUCACUGAAAAACUAGAAAAAUACAAAGAACUAGAAAAAAGAAUGAGUUUUAAAAGCUUGGCUGACGCUAAAAGAGUUGUGGGAUUUUAUGCAGUUGCUAGUAGCAAGGGCCUUAAAGUAAAGAAGAGUGACACUACUAGGGUGAGAUAUAAAUGUGACAUAGGAUGUCCUUUUGUGUUCCAUAUAUCUUUGGAUCAAAAAGAUCAGGGAUUUAAAAUCAAGACCUUAAACUUGGAACAUAACUAUGAUCCAACUUAUAAAAAUAAAAGAGCUACUGCCAAUACUUUAGCACACUAUUUCAAGAACAAGGUUCAAAAUAAUCCAAAGUACAAAGUGAAAGACAUGAGAGUGGAUCUGGAGGAACAAUUCAAACUUAAUGUUAGUUAUUCCACAAUGAAUAGGGUUAAAAGACUUGUAUUAGAGAAAUUAGAGGGUAGCUACAUUGAUGAUUAUAACAGAUUAGAGGCUUAUGCUCAAGAGUUGAGGGAUAGCAAUCCUGGAUCUGAUGUGGUGAUAAACAUAUCCAAAGAUGCUUUGGAACAAGGAAAAAGGAAAUUUCUAAGAAUGUAUAUUUGCUUCCAUGCUUUGAAAAAUGGUUGGAAAGGAGGAUUGAGACCUUUAAUAGGUCUGGAUGACACUUUUCUAAAAGGAAAGUGUAAGGGAAUAUUACUUGUUGCUAUGGCACAAGAUUCAGUGAAACACUUUUAUCCCCUAGCUUGGGCAGUGGUUGAUAAAGAAACUGGUAGGACUUGGAAGUGGUUUCUAGAGUUGGUAAGAAGUUACUUGGAUUUGCAAGAGGGUGAAGGAGUGACAUUUAUGUCCGAUAUGCAAAAGGGUCUGAUUGAUGCUGUUUCUACUGUGCUUCCUAAUGCAAAUCACAGAUGGUGUGUUAGGCACAUAGAAGCUAAUUGGAGCAAGAAGUGGAGGGGUUUAGAGUUAAAGAAGUUGUUGUGGUGGUGUGCUUGGAGCACAUAUGAAGAGGAAUUUACAGAUCAUUUAAAGUCCAUGGGUGAUGUGACUGAAGAAGCUGCUAAGACCUUAGUAGGAUAUACACCCCAAAAUUGGUGUAGAGCAUACUUUGACACCAUUGCAAGAAUAAUAUGGUAGACAAUAACUUUACAGAAUCUUUCAACAAAUGGAUUUUAGAAGCAAUAUAAAAACCUAUAAUCAAGAUGCUGGAAGAGAUUAGAGUUAAGAAGGUGAUGAACUUGUUAAAAAAUCGUGAAGAAGAGUGUAGAAACUGGAAAGGAGAAAUUAGCCCAUAUGUUAUGGAGCUAUAUAGUGAUUAUAGAGCUAUUACUGCAGAAUGUGAAGUUGACUUUAAUGGAGACUUUGGAUAUGAAGUGAUUGAAGGUCCAGACAAGCAUGUAGUGAACCUAGAAUUGAAGAGAUGUACAUGCAGGGCAUGAGACUUAACUGGAAUACCAUGCCCUCAUGCCAUUAAAGCUUUACUCCAUAAAAAGCUUGAUCCUUUGAGUGAGGUGCAUUGGUGGUAUUCCAAAGAAGCCUACAUGAUGGUGUAUAUGCAUAAGAUAUAACCUGUUAGAGGUGAUAAAUUUUGGAAAGUUGAGCCAGAACAUGCUAUGGAUCCACCAAAUGUGCAUAAAAUGAUUGGUAGACCAAAGGUCAAGAGAACAAGAGAAAAGGAUGAGGCUAGGAAGAGAGAGGGGUUAUGGUCUGCUUCAAGGAAAAGACUUCUUCAUGUGGAUACUGCAGUGAACCUGGUCACAAUAUCAGAACUUGUCCAUUGGUCCAAGGAGAAUGUUCUCAAACAGUGGAAGAUGUGCCCUUGACAGCACCUCAAGACAGUCAGAAUUCAGAUUUUGCCUUUAUGACUACUCCUGGAUAGAAUGUUUCUUUGAGUGAACCACCAGCUCAACUACCCAGUCAAGCAAAGAAAUCUUCUCAACAAACCAGUCAAGCAAAUAAACCUAUUCAACACAAACAUGCUGCAACUAAGAAGACAAGUAAACAAGCUGCUACACCUUCUAACAUGACAGUAGAUGAAGAUAAUAUUGAUGAUGCUACUGGAGAUGGAGAUGAUGAUGAAGAUCCGGAUUUGAGGCCAGUGGUGAUAUCUGAAGCUUGGACUAUGCUUCAACAAAGAAAGUUGCACCAAAAACCUACCGGUACCAGGAAGAUUAGUUUCAAGGGAGAUGGAACUGGUAUAAAUUUGCCUACUAAUCUGCCCUAUUCACCCAAAAAGGUGACUUGGAAAGGCAAAGCAGCUGUGACUUCUAACCAAUUGAUAGCUAAAAAGGAAGCAAGAGUUGGCAAGCUAAAGGCUAAGAGGGCCAAAACUGCCUCUAAGUAGCAGCCACUUCAUUUAGAUCCUUGAAUGUUUUGUAAUGACUGAUUCAAACUUAAACUUUUUUUUUUGUUAUUUUGUGGUGAAUCAGUUAUGAAUGGUGUUGUGUUGAUUCACCCCAAAAUAUUUUUUGAUGGGCUUAAUUUGUGGUGAAACAAUAUAACAACAUGCUGUUUGACUUAAAUGCA